AUGUUGCUUCAAACCCUCAAACUGGCCAGCCUGGUGGCUGUGGGCCUGCCUGUCUCAAGCCAUGGACGCACCAUCUCUAAGAGAAGCGUCUCGUCGGCCCAGGCGUGGGUGAGCUCCAACGACGGCUCGUACCAGCUGGGCAACUACACUGCUCCAACACAGGGCUCCAGUGGCACUUUGAGCAGUACAUCGACCUGGAACCUGACCGUGGACGAUACCUCGUCCGGACACAAGCAGACCAUCGACGGCUUUGGAGCUGCUGUCACCGAUGCCACCGUGACCGUCUUCUCCGAGCUCAGUUCGGACCAGCAAAGCGCCGUCCUAAACGACCUCUUCACUGACACCACCAACGACGGCGCCUCGUUCAAUCUGAUGCGCCAUACCAUCGCCUCGUCCGAUCUGUCCUCGAGCGUUUACACCUACGAUGACGCGAGCAGCGCCGACACCGACCUGUCUAGCUGGAGCCUGACGGACGCUGGAAACAACAUGGUUAGCUGGAUCAGCAAGUUCGCCUCUGCUAGCGGGUCGAUGAAGCUGCUGGGCUCCAGCUGGAGCCCGCCAGGCUGGAUGAAGCUCAAUGGCGUGACGUCUGGAUCCACCGACGACAACAACCUCGACCCGCAGUAUGCAGACGCAUUCGCGGACUAUUUUGUCAAGUACAUCCAGGCCUUUGCUGACGGGGGCGUGACUGUCGAUGCCAUCACCAUUCAGAAUGAGCCACUCAACAGCCAGUCGGGGUAUCCGACCAUGUAUGUCAGCGCAGACGAUUCGACCAACUUUAUCCAGAACAACGUCGGCCCAGCGCUGAAAAGUGCAAACUUGGACACUGAGAUUUGGGCUUAUGACCAUAACACAGAUGUCCCUAGCUAUCCCCAGGCUGUUCUUGACGGGGCCAGCUCCUACGUGUCGACUGUUGCCUGGCAUUGCUAUGCCCAGAACAACAACUGGAGUGUGCUGACUGACUUUCACAACACCAAUCCCGACGUCCAGCAAUACAUGACCGAGUGCUGGACCUCGGAAAUCAACGACUGGUCCAGCACCAUUGAUUUCACCAUGGGACCGCUACAAAACUGGGCUUCUGGCGUGAUAGCCUGGACCUUAGGCACCGACACCAGUGACAGCCCUCACCUCGACGGCGGCUGCACGACUUGUCGAGGAGUUGUUACCGUCGACACCGACGCCGGCACCUACAGCAAGACAGCCGACUACUACUAUCUCGCCCAAUUCUCGCGCUUCCUGCCGCGUGGAUCCAUCGCCCUCGACACAACUGGUAGCUACGACUACGGCAGCGGCAACAAGGUCGAGGCCCAGGCAUUUGUGCAGCCGGACGGCACAAGAGUAGUUGUGAUUCAGAAUGGGUUUGAUAACGAGGUCGAUCUUACCGUCACCUUCAACAGCGGCGAGACUUGGACUGGGCCGUUGUACUCGCAGAGCUUGACGACUUGGCUGUUGCCGUCUGCAUGA